UAUAUAUACACAGAGUCCCACAGCUGGAAAAUCAAAGAGGCAAACAGAGAGAGAAAGAAUCAAUCGAGAAGACAAAAAUGGCGACGACAGGGGAGGGGUUUCUCCGGGGAAUAUUACUGGAAGGAUGCAUAUCAAGCGGAGACUCCGGCGUCCAGCGCCGCCCCUACCACCGGAACUGCAGCUGCGCCCUCCACCAGUCUCGCCGCCGUUGCCACCACGCAUCCCGAUGCGCCACCGUCGCCUACCCCAUCCGCCGCUCCUGGAGCGACGGCUGCCUCAGCCUCAGCCUCAGCCUGGCCGCCGAACAGUACUCUCCCAAUGGCUCGCCGCGAGGGGAGAAUAUUCCGAGGACGGCGACGCUGCUGGAGCUCUGUAUAGAGGACCAUGAAGAUGAAGAUCAAUCCGAGGUGACGUGGCCAAAGAUUUAAUUUCUUUUUUUUUUUCAGCUUGGUGGGUCAAAUUUUAUUUAGAAAAAAAAAAAAAAGAAUGGUGGGGUUAUGGUUGAAACUCCAAAGUCCGAUUCCAAACGCUUUCAGGUCCAUUUGUCACACAUAGUUCGCCUAGUGUGACUUGCCUUAUCACACAACUAAUUUACAAGAUAUUAAGUUCGACCAAAAAUUUACAUAGUGUGCACUCUCAGCGAAAAGUAAAAAGAGAAUCCCUUGCCUCAAAUACACAUACAUGCACUUUGUAUAAUUGAAGAUGAGAUGUGAACUGGGGAUGUUUGUUUCGUGCCACAAGUUGGUAUUGUUUACUCAACUUUUUUCUCCUCAAUUUUAGAUCGAGGAGUUUAAAUUUUCGAUUAUUGAGCCCAUUUGAAAAA